CCGGCGGGCCCGGGCCGGCGCUUCCCCCGCCGCCCGGCAUGCGGGGGCCGGCGGCCGGCGACGAGCUCCCGGGCGACCUGGACAACGAGGAGGACGUGUCCGAAGAAGAUGAUGGGGUGCUGGAAGGACUGGAUGAGUUUUACCCAGAAGAACAAGUUGCUGUGCAGAAAAAAAAGAAAUCCAAGAGGCUGAAAGACAGUAAGGCUUCCAAAAUCAAGAGGAGGAAGAAAGAGGGGAGCAAUGAUGAAUUAUCAGACAACGAAGAGGAGAUAGAGGAGAAGUCGGAGAGUGAAGGCAGUGACUAUUCUCCCAACAAAAAGAAGAAGAAAAAACUGAAAGAAAAGAAAGAGAAAAAACCGAAACGGAAAAAGAAGGAUGAAGAGGAGGAUGAUAACGAGGACGGAGGUUUAAAGGAGCCCAAGAGCUCUGCUCAGCUAAUGGAAGAAUGGGGCCUGGAUGAUGUAGAUUACAUUUUUUCAGAAGAAGACUAUCAUACUCUGACUAAUUACAAGGCUUUCAGUCAGUUUCUCAGGCCUCUAAUAGCCAGGAAGAAUCCCAAGAUCCCUAUGUCCAAGAUGAUGACUGUGCUUGGUGCCAAAUGGCGAGAGUUCAGUGCCAACAACCCGUUCAAGGGCAGCUCGGCAGCAGCGGCGGCCGCAGCAGUAGCUGCAGCUGUGGAGACUGUCACUAUUGCCCCCCCGCUCGCUGCCAGCCCUCCACAGUGUGCCUUGCCCGCUGUCAUCAGGAAAGCUAAGACCAAGGAGGGCAAAGGUCCAGGUGUGCGGAAGAAAAUCAAGGGCUCCAAAGAUGGGAAGAAAAAGGGAAAGGGAAAAAAGAUGGCAGGGUUGAAGUUCCGGUUUGGAGGGAUCCCCAGCAAAAGGAAAAAGAGCUCUUCUAGUGAAGAGGAAGAACGGGAAGAGUCCGACUUUGACAGUGCCAGCAUCAACAGCUCCUCAGUGCGCUCCGAAUGCUCAGCGGGCCUGGGGAAGAGAGGAAAGAGGAAGAGAAAGAAAAAGAGGAUCGAAGAAGGGGACGGCUAUGAGACGGACCACCAAGACUACUGCGAGGUGUGCCAGCAGGGAGGGGAGAUCAUCCUGUGUGACACCUGUCCUCGCGCAUACCACCUUGUCUGCCUGGACCCUGAGCUGGAGAAGGCCCCCGAGGGCAAGUGGAGCUGCCCACACUGUGAGAAGGAGGGCAUCCAGUGGGAGCCGAAGGAGGAGGAGGAGGAGGAAGAGGAAGGUGCUGAAGAGGAGGAAGAUGACCACAUGGAAUUCUGCCGUGUCUGUAAGGAUGGAGGGGAGCUGCUGUGCUGUGACACAUGCCCAUCCUCCUACCACCUGCACUGCCUGAACCCGCCCCUGCCGGAAAUACCAAACGGUGAAUGGCUCUGCCCGCGCUGUACAUGCCCUCCCCUAAAAGGCAAAGUCCAACGUAUCCUGCACUGGACCUGGAAAGAGCCGCCUGCCCCGCUGCCGUCUGUACUGCCCCUGCCAGACACCGAGCUGGCUCUCCCGCCACCCAAGGUGCUGGAGGGGAUCCCGGAGCGCGAGUUUUUUGUCAAGUGGGCAGGGCUCUCCUACUGGCACUGCUCCUGGGUCAAGGAGCUGCAGCUGGAGCUCUACCACACUGUGAUGUACCGCAACUACCAAAGGAAGAAUGACAUGGAUGAGCCACCAGCCUUUGACUAUGGCUCUGGGGAUGAGGACAGCCAGAGGGAGAAGCGGAAGAACAAAGAUCCGCAGUAUGCCAAGAUGGAGGAGCGGUUCUACCGCUAUGGCAUCAAGCCCGAGUGGAUGAUGAUCCACCGCAUCCUGAACCACAGCUUUGAUAAAAAGGGAGACAUUCAUUAUCUGAUCAAGUGGAAAGACCUGCCCUAUGACCAGUGCACCUGGGAGAUUGACGACAUAGACAUCCCGUACUACGAAAACCUCAAGCAGCUGUACUGGAAUCACAGGGAGCUGAUGCUGGGGGAAGACACGCGCCCUCCAAAGAAGCUGAACAAGAAGGGGAAAAAGCUCAAAGAUGAGAAGCUAGAAAAGCCUCCAGAGACUCCUGUUGUUGAUCCUACGGUUAAGUUUGACAAACAGCCAUGGUACAUCGAUGCCACAGGAGGCACGCUCCAUCCUUACCAGCUAGAAGGGCUAAACUGGCUGAGGUUUUCCUGGGCCCAAGGGACUGAUACGAUCCUGGCUGAUGAGAUGGGGCUGGGGAAGACCGUGCAGACUAUUGUGUUCUUGUAUUCCCUGUACAAGGAGGGCCACUCAAAAGGGCCAUAUCUGGUCAGUGCCCCUCUCUCCACCAUCAUCAACUGGGAGCGUGAGUUUGAGAUGUGGGCACCUGACUUCUACGUUGUGACCUACACGGGGGACAAAGAAAGCCGAUCAGUCAUCAGGGAAAACGAGUUCUCUUUUGAAGACAAUGCUAUCCGGAGUGGAAAGAAGGUCUUCCGGAUGAAGAAGGAAGCCCAGAUCAAGUUCCAUGUCCUGCUCACGUCCUAUGAGCUGAUCACUAUUGAUCAGGCAGUGCUGGGCUCAAUAGAGUGGGCCUGUCUGGUGGUGGAUGAAGCACACAGGCUGAAGAACAACCAGUCCAAAUUCUUUAGAGUAUUAAAUAGCUACAAAAUCGAUUACAAGCUGCUACUCACCGGGACUCCGCUCCAGAACAACUUGGAGGAGCUCUUCCAUCUGCUCAAUUUCCUGACUCCAGAGAGGUUUAAUAACCUGGAGGGAUUCCUGGAGGAGUUUGCAGACAUCUCCAAGGAGGAUCAGAUCAAAAAACUCCAUGAUCUGCUGGGUCCCCACAUGCUACGGCGGCUCAAGGCAGACGUGUUCAAGAACAUGCCAGCCAAGACUGAGCUGAUCGUGAGAGUGGAGCUUAGCCAGAUGCAGAAGAAGUACUACAAAUUUAUACUGACAAGGAAUUUUGAAGCCUUGAAUUCUAAAGGUGGUGGGAACCAGGUCUCGUUGCUCAACAUCAUGAUGGAUCUGAAGAAAUGUUGUAAUCAUCCGUACCUCUUUCCAGUGGCGGCAGUGGAGGCGCCAGUUCUGCCUAAUGGAUCCUAUGAUGGGAAUUCUUUGGUUAAAUCUUCUGGAAAGUUGAUGCUUCUCCAAAAGAUGCUGAAGAAGCUACGGGAUGGGGGCCAUAGGGUUCUGAUCUUCUCCCAGAUGACAAAGAUGUUGGACUUGUUGGAGGAUUUCCUGGAGUACGAAGGCUACAAGUACGAGCGGAUAGACGGGGGCAUCACUGGAGGCCUGCGCCAGGAGGCCAUAGACAGGUUUAAUGCUCCUGGUGCUCAGCAGUUCUGCUUUCUCCUCUCUACCCGUGCUGGUGGUCUGGGCAUAAACCUUGCUACGGCCGACACAGUCAUUAUUUAUGAUUCUGACUGGAAUCCCCACAAUGACAUCCAGGCGUUCAGCAGAGCUCACCGCAUUGGGCAGAACAAGAAGGUGAUGAUUUACCGCUUCGUGACACGAGCCUCCGUUGAAGAGCGCAUCACUCAGGUGGCCAAAAGGAAGAUGAUGCUCACCCAUUUGGUGGUCCGUCCAGGGCUCGGCUCAAAGUCGGGCUCCAUGACCAAGCAAGAGCUGGAUGACAUCCUCAAAUUUGGGACAGAAGAGCUCUUUAAGGAUGAUGUGGAAGGCAUGAUCUCUCAGGGCCAGCGGAUCGGCAUGCCGGAUGCGGUCACCCCUUUCUCUGACACACUGUCAACCAAAGGUGGUUCAGUGACUCCUGGCAUGAAGAAAAAGCAUGGUGGCACGCCACCAGGGGACAAUAAGGAUGUGGAUGACAGCAGUGUGAUUCACUACGAUGAUGCUGCCAUCUCUAAGCUUCUGGACCGGAACCAAGAUGCAACUGAUGACACAGAGCUGCAAAACAUGAACGAGUAUCUGAGCUCCUUUAAAGUGGCCCAGUAUGUUGUGAGAGAAGAGGAUGGUGUGGAGGAGGUAGAACGUGAGAUCAUCAAGCAGGAGGAGAAUGUAGACCCUGACUACUGGGAGAAGCUGCUACGGCACCACUACGAGCAGCAGCAGGAAGAUCUGGCCAGGAACUUAGGGAAAGGGAAGAGAAUUCGCAAGCAGGUCAAUUACAACGAUGCCUCACAGGAGGACCAAGAGUGGCAGGAUGAGCUCUCCGACAACCAGUCUGAGUACUCCAUUGGCUCUGAGGAUGAGGAUGAAGACUUUGAAGAAAGACCAGAAGGUCAGAGUGGCAGAAGACAAUCACGGAGACAGCUGAAGACUGACCGAGACAAGCCUCUCCCUCCUUUGCUGGCAAGAGUUGGGGGAAAUAUCGAGGUUCUUGGGUUCAACGCCCGUCAGCGCAAGGCUUUCCUGAAUGCUAUCAUGCGCUGGGGAAUGCCCCCCCAGGAUGCGUUCAAUUCUCACUGGCUGGUCCGGGAUCUGCGAGGGAAGAGUGAGAAGGAGUUCAGGGCUUAUGUGUCUCUGUUCAUGAGACACUUGUGUGAACCUGGAGCAGAUGGUGCGGAAACCUUUGCAGAUGGCGUUCCCCGGGAAGGGUUGUCACGCCAGCACGUGCUGACCAGGAUAGGAGUUAUGUCACUAGUAAGGAAGAAGGUCCAGGAGUUUGAGCAUGUCAACGGGAAGUACAGCACCCCAGAUCUGAUUCUCGAAGGCUCAGAGAGCAAGAAGUCCAGUGAGAUUCUUUCUUCAGAUCCUAACACCCCUGUCCCAGCCAGCCCAGCCCAUAUGCACACAGGGCCUGUUUCCCUCACAGAUAAAAUAGAAACACAACUGGGCUUCCAGGAGGAGAAGGACCAAGUAGAGCAGAAGGCCAAGAAGGUGUCUGACAGCCAGGUGCCUGGAAGUGCUGAGAAGGUGGAAAGAGAAGAACAUCAAGAAGGCUCUGAAAACAAAGAGAAAGUAACAGAAGAGAAACAAGAAGAGAGCGGACAGGCUGAGCCUUCUCUGGAGGCUCUAGUGAAAGUCCUGCUGUAUUCUGCAGAUGAGGUGAUUCAAGAAAAAGAGAAGCUUUUGGAAAAGUCAGAGUUGAACAGCAGUCCAGGUAAAGGGGAGGACAAAGAAGUCAAACCAGCAGAGGAUGCCAAGGUGGAAGACAAGGAGCAAAAUGAGACUCAACAAAAUGGUGAAAAAGAGGAGGAAGAGGAAGGAAAGAAGGAUGAGAGAAAUGCAAACUUUAGAUUCAUGUUCAACAUUGCUGACGGUGGCUUUACAGAGUUGCACACGCUGUGGCAGAACGAAGAAAGAGCUGCCAUCUCCUCUGGCAAGAUCUAUGAUAUCUGGCACCGGCGACAUGACUACUGGCUGCUGGCAGGAAUUGUCACUCAUGGCUAUGCCCGCUGGCAGGACAUCCAGAACGACCCGCGCUAUGUCAUUCUGAAUGAACCGUUCAAGUCGGAGAUACACAAGGGGAACUACCUCGAGAUGAAGAACAAAUUCCUUGCCCGGCGGUUCAAGCUGCUGGAGCAGGCCCUGGUGAUAGAGGAGCAGUUGCGAAGGGCUGCGUACCUCAACAUGACCCAAGACCCCAAUCACCCGGCCAUGGCAUUGAACGCCCGACUGGCUGAAGUGGAGUGCCUUGCCGAAAGCCACCAGCACCUCUCCAAAGAAUCUCUUGCUGGGAACAAGCCUGCGAACGCUGUCCUGCACAAAGUGCUGAACCAGCUAGAGGAGCUGCUGAGCGACAUGAAGGCUGACGUGACGCGCCUGCCGUCCAUGCUGUCCCGCAUACCGCCCGUGGCCGCCCGGCUGCAGAUGUCUGAGCGGAGCAUCCUCAGCCGCCUCACCACCCGUGGCGGCGACCCCGCCGCCCAGCAGGGCUCCUUUGGUUCAUCCCAGAUCUACAACAACAACUUUGGGCCAAAUUUCCGAGGUCCUGGACCAGGUGGGAUUGUCAACUACAGUCAGAUGCCUCUGGGACCGUAUGUGACCGCCUCCAGUGGGCCUCUCUGCUGCCACCCGGGUCCGAAGGGAGCGGAGUCGCUGAAAGACGGCGCCGCCGCGGAGCGCAAGGGGAAGCACGGCGACGUUAUCUGCAUCGAAGACUAGCUCCCGCUGCCGCUGUGCCGGCGCUCCCGGGCCGUCCUGCUCGUGCUUAGCGUGUGCUUCGAACAAAACGACCCCUCAGCGUUGCAAGAACUUCUUUAAAGGGGAUUUCAUUUCCUUGUACAUUUUUUGCACUUUCUUAUUGAAGACUUGAAGAGUUUGUCUGGAAAAGGUGGGAUGAAUUAAGAAGGGAAAUAAGGUAUCAGUAUUUACGUCUGUUUUUAUUGACAUGUGCCAGGUUUAAAGGGAGACCUGUUGGAAGCUCUGUUUCUAGUCCAGUUAUUCGCAGGUGACCGUUAGAGCUAAGCUUAAGUCUGUUCUGUGUAAGUUCUACUUUUAUGUCCGUUCUGUGUUUGAGCGCAUGCAUGCACCGUGGCAGCCCCGCUGGCAGCACGCGGCCGCCCAGCGCCGCGGCGGGUGCCGCGCUGCAGCCCGCCCCGCUCCUCGGCGAGGAGCGCGGCUGCCCUGCGGUCUCCUUGCCGCCCUGGUCGCCGGCUGGGUGCCCCCCCGGAGAGCUGCGAAGCCCCAGCUUUGCCCUGGAUUUCCCCGCUGCUCCCAGCCCGCCCUCAGGGCGCUCCAGCGCCGGGAGCCUGCGCGAUGCUGUGGCCGCGUGGCGCCAGCCUGGCGCCGUGGCCUCCCCGCGGCGCUGGACGGGGAGCAGACGGUCACGGCGGGGCGAGAGCUGCGGCGCCCUGGCUGGGGCUCAGCGGUUGAGCAGGGACGUGGGGGCACGUUCGAGGUGCCAGUGAGAGGAGGAGAGGUGAAAGCCGGAGCUAGGAAGGGGGAGAGCAGAGGAGCCGCUGCGACCUCUGCCGAGGGCGGCGCCGGCGGCGGCAGCGUGCUAGGCGCCGCAGCCUUCCCGCGGCGUUUUGCCCUGCGUGCCGGCGCGGGGCGCUGCCCUGCCCGUACGGCGAACGGGGGCGGCUUUGCCUGCAGCUCCGGUUUUCCUGCCUCCCUGCAGGCCGGAGGCUGCGAGGGCAGGAGAGCGCAGGGAACGGGGGUGCUGCUUGGUGGGAGACAUACGGGCCGCCGGCUCGGCAGCGGUAUUCGCAGCUUCUGGGGAGAGGCGCAGCUCGCUUCCGCCUGGAGAAGCGGCCACUCCUCCAGCAGCCCGAGUCCUGGCAGCGUUCGUGCUCUUGUCAUUUGUCCCGUUUGUGCCGGUGGCGGGGGGAAAACUGCCGCGAAACGGGGUGAGCUGGAGCAGCGGCGUCGCAGCUGGAGCGUCGCCUCUUCCUCACUGGGACGCGGGCAGGCUCCCGGCCCCGUGAGCCCAGCUGGGGCGCGCGGAAGCAGGGUGGGAGGCUCCUCCCGGCACUGUCCCUUUCGCGCCCGCGUCCCUUUCCGCUAGCCCGUCGCUGCAGCGCCCUUCGCCCAUCUCAGCUGUUUGUCUGUCUCGUAUCCCGAUCCGAGCUGCGAUCCGGGGGCCCGCGGGGGCUUUCCGCGCACGGCCGAGCGCGCUGGGCGCCACGGGCCGCCUCCGGCCAGGGAGGCGCCGGGGUUCGCUGCGGCUGGCGGCUCGGGGCGCUGGCGAGGGGGGCGCCGGCGGACUCGCAGCCCCCGCUCCCUCCCGGCAGCGCGCCGAACUGCGCGGGACGGUUUUAAAGCCGGGAAGGAGACGCUCGGGGGCCGUAGCGGGGGAAACGGGAGCGGCUUUGCCUUCGUGCCGCCCAGGUGGUUUUGUGAUGCUGCGCCGCGAUGACCUUUGGUAGGAAGGCUUAUGGCACCUGUAACCAACACAAUCACGUUUACUCUGUGCUCUGUGUGUUUUGGUUUAUGUUUUGUGUUUUAAUAAAUCCUUUAAAAGGGACCCAA